AUGGCGCCGCCAGAGACCCCCAAGAUCACCAAAUUCCUCAAGCCCGGGUCUUCCCGUGGCAAGGCCGUGGAGGGCGACGCCUCAGGCGGCUCUCGGUCCGUGGUGCUGCACGUCGGCCCAGCUGCUGCUGCUGUCGAGGACAAACCUUCCGGCCUCCUAGGCCGGAUCGUUGCGCUGAAUCGCGAGGGCAAGGACCUGGGGCACCUUCUUCCCUACGCCCAAAAGUGGAAUGAUGCGGAUAUCUCUGCAUCUACCCGCGGCGAGAAAGAGCAGCUCAUCAAGGAGCACCACGAGGCACUGGACGCCCAGAAGACCGCCUCGAGGGAGCUAAAGGAACAGGCUAUGCAAGUCACGCUCCAGCAUGAGCAAGCCCUCAAGGAUGCCCGGGUCGCAGCUGAGGCCAGGUUGGCGGAGGUCGUGGAGGACUCCACGAACUCCAACACCGUAUUGACGGCAGAGCUGGAGGAGGAAAGGAAGGCGCGGAAGGCAGCGGAGCGCCUCAUUGAUACCAUGACCACUGAUCACAGGGAAUAUGAUCGGUUGGUUAUGAAGAUUGAUGCGCUGGCUCUCCAGCAUUUCCCGGACUCCCAGGCCCACGCCGUGAAGAAGGUGAUGGAGGAUCGGGUGGCGCGGGAAUUUCCCAACAUGGACGCGCACUGGGACGGGUACGACUAUCUGGUCGCCCUCUCCGCGCGAGUCCAACACAUGCGCUCCGUCGACCUGCUUCUUGGCGACCUACCGGAUGCUGCCAUCCAGCUCUUCAAGGUGCUAUGGCCUGAGGAGGAGAUGCCGGUAAACAUCACGCUUACCUCCCACCGGCUCAAGGAUGCCGGGCGCCGGAUUCGCGAGUGGCAAUGCUCCGCGGCUCGUGCCGGAGCGGACACGGCGCUGCGCUCCGCAUGCUCCUGGUACCCGGAUCUGGAUCUGGAUGCACUUCAAGGCGUUCGCCAAGAUGCUCCCACCGACACGGAUCCGGCGCUUACCGCGAAGCGGCAGGACCGGGCCUACCGGCUUGCGGAGUACGCCGAGGUUCGCACCUUCAUCCCUCCUCCUCCUGGUGUCAAAGACUACCUCAGCGAUGAGGAAGAAGAAGAAGGAGAUGAGGAUGAGGCCGCUGAGGAUGUGCCGCCGGAAGCUCCCGAGGCUAGCGCUGCUCCCCCUGAAGACACCGAGACUGGUGCUGCUCCACCUGAUGCCCCCGUCGCCUGA